AUGUAUGGCGUCGUCAGAUUUCUUGACACCGAACUUCUUCCUGCCUCUGCUCCGAACAAUUACCCCAAAGUCAUAAAGUCCGGCGUCGAUGAGGAAGGCCAACAUCCCGAAUCCCCUCCCAUUGAGGCGCAAUGUGGCCUAGCUACUCUUCUUUACCGCAUGGACCGCAUGGAUAUCCUCGAGAAGAUGCUGGACACCAAGGCAGUCCAGGACUUUGACAUGCGCGUACACACGGGAUCGAGCUUAAUCCAGGAUAUCUAUACCGGUUUCAUUGGCCCGAACGGCGAAGAAGCCUGGCAUGGUGUGCGGUUUCUCAUCAUCGAGGAACCUGAGGAGUCUCCCUAUCGCUUCGGAAAGUGGAUCCCGCUCUCGAUGUCUGAUCUUGGUUCAGCCUGGGGCGGCAGCGACUUUUGGAUUCGUGCUCAUGGGGAAUCCAUCGCGAAGUCCAUUGUGUUUCACAUGCACGAGGAAAAUCCUAUCUCUGUUUCGUUUUCUGGUAUGCCCUCGUCUUUCGAGGAUGACCUCAAGAAGUGGAACGAGGAACGCAAGAGGAAACACGACGAGAAGAUCAAGAAGUGGAAAGAAUUGCAAGAGGACGGCGAUGUUAGGGAGACCCUCAGUGAUCGCGAAGAGUUCAGGAGGUGGCUGAAACGCUAUCAGUUAAGAUGCCGCGGAGGAUGCGGAGUAGUGGAAGGUACAUUGAGGUGUAGUAAAUGCCAAGUCAUCCGUUACUGCAGCAAGCAGUGCCAGGUGGAAGAUUGGAAGUACCACAAAUCAAUCUGUGGGCUCGAAAAAAGCCACGAACAUUUGUAA